AUUUGGAGCUGCAAAGAGAUUAACAGAUAGAUUUUAUUAUUAAUUAUUCUUUAGCUUCAAAGAAAUCGUUAUUAAAAACAAUUAUUUAUUUGUUUGUUAUAAUGAUAUCCUUAUAACCACUAUAAGUCGAUGUAAAGAUCGUAUUUUUUGCAGAAUCGAAAAUGGAAUUAAGGACAGCUACGGUAAUGUCUUUAUUAUCCUUUGUGGGAUGGCUGACGUCUCCGAUAUUUUGGAUAUUACGAAUUUGUAACAGAAAAAAGCUACCACCAAUAGAGGACGAUAUUUUAAGGGUUAGCGCCACCAAACUGGCUUAUUUAAUAAGGAACAAAAAGAUUUCUUCUGAAGAAGUUAUAAGAACUUAUAUUAAAAGGAUAAACCAAGUAAACCCAAUAAUUAAUGCAGUCGUUGAAGAUAGAUUUCAUGAAGCAAUUGUAGAGGCAAAAUCCGUAGACAAAUUGUUAAAAGAAACAAAUUUAUCCGAAGAAGAACUAUCGAAAACAAAACCUUUGCUUGGCGUUCCCUUGACUGUAAAAGAGAGUUGCUGUGUCAAAGGAUUAAGUGCAAGUGUAGGGUCUCUUAGGUAUAAAGGUAAAAAGGCAGAAGAUGAUGGGGUUGUCGUUGCUAAAGUUAGGGAGGCAGGUGCAAUACCUCUUCUGGUGUCCAAUACUCCAGAAAUGUGUAUGGGAUGGGAAUCAUCUAAUAACAUUACAGGAAAAUCUUAUAAUCCAUAUCAUCCUGCUCAUUCAACAGCUGGAUCUUCUGGAGGAGAGGCAGCUUUGGUUGCGUCAGGCGCCUCUGUUAUUGGAAUGGGUUCAGACCUUGCUGGAUCAAUUCGUCUUCCAGCCCAUUUCAAUGGAGUCUUUGGACAUAAACCUUCGCCAAGGGUUUGUUCCAUAAAAGGGCAUAUUCCAUAUUCUUCACACGAUUCUUUCGUGGAAAUGCUAAGCAUAGGACCGUUUACACGGUUCGCGGAAGAUUUGUACCUUAUGAUGAAAGUAAUGGCUCAGGAUCCUCGAAUACUUAAAUUAGAUGAAAAAGUUGAUUUCUCUCGCCUUAGAAUAUAUUGUCACAGACGAAUAGGCAAUAACUUUUUCUAUGUUGACGUAGAUACGGAGAUUAUUGCUUUAUUGGAGAAAACAAUAAAUCAUUUUCGCGAAGCGCAUCAAGCAAAAUUUUGCGCAAAAGAGUUUAAGAAUUUUACUAAAACUAUGGACAUGGGGCUUGUAUUGUUACCUGAGGCUACCUCAAACGUACUAAGCCUUUUGCAGGAUCCAAAAACUGGAAAGAAAGAUUUAAACGCCAUUCUAGAACUGGUCAAAUCAACUUUUGGUAUGUCAGUCCUAACUUUUAGCGCAGCAAUGUCAGAAGCUUUAAGGGUAGUACAUGUUGUUCCAAAACGAAAGCAUUCCUAUUACAAGAAGAAAAAGGAAGAACUAAAAGCUGAAUUAUCGAGAGAACUUCAAAAUGAUGGAAUCCUUUUUCUACCAACGUUCUAUACUACAGCUUUACAAAAUGGCCAAGCCACAUUAAAGCCUAAAGGUUACAUGUAUACAAUGCUAUUUAAUUUGCUUGGUUUUCCAGCAACUCAUAUUCCAAUGGGACUUAGUCGGAAUGGACUUCCAAUUGGAAUUCAGGUUGUUGCUGCCCCUUUGCAAGAUAGAUUAUGUCUAGCAGUAGCCACAGAAUUAGAAAGAUUAUUUAACGGUUGGGUAGAGCCUGGUACACUUUAGCUAGCUAAUGUCUAUAUUAAUUCUUUUGUUAUCAAUAAAACUUUAAAAGAAG